AUGGUUGAUGCUGGUCAGCUAGAUGAUUUUACGUCCCGUUUUGGCUUUCACCUUGGGGUAUGUAACUCCUCCAAUAAAAUAUGGGUAAUGUGGCGGUCUGGUUUUGCUGUAAAUGUUUUAGUAAACAAUGACCAACUUAUUCACAUGCAAGUUUGCCAUGAUUCUUGGAACUUUGUUGCUCACGGGUCCUUUGUUUAUGGCAAAUGCUCGCGAGGUGAACGUCGCGCCUUAUGGUCAGCCCUGGGAUUAAUAUCGGAGGAUAUGGGAACUAAGUUGUGGCUUGUAGGAGGCGAUUUCAAUGUUGUAGCUGCUGCUGAUGAAUAUGCCGGACAGGCUGCACAAGACUUGACCGCAAUGGCUGAGUUUGCUGAAUGUAUAUCUGCAUGUGGUCUCAAAGAGAUUCCCUUCUCGGGCAGUCGUUACACUUGGACUGGUAUCCGCCAAGGCAGGAGAAUCUGGAAGCGUUUAGAUAGACUCCUGAUGAAUCUGGAAUGGCAACGUCGUUUCUCUGGCAGCGUAGUGAAACAUCUUAAUCGCGCUACCUCAGACCAUAGCCCACAAUUAUUGCAACUCUCCCCAGGGCUCCCCACUGGGCCGAAGUCGUUUCGCUUCCAAGACAUGUGGCUAAAUCACCACAGUUUCCUCAUGCAAGCCUUGCGUACUUGGAACCAAGAUGUAUUUGGUAAUAUUUUCGAGAAAGUCUCCAAAGCUGAGGAGGAAGUAAGGCUAAAGGAGUUGCAACUUGAGGUGACAGAUUCGGAUAAGGCUCGAGUGCAAUGGAGUCAGGCCCAGGCUGCACUGCUGAAACACCUAACUGAUGAGGAAACUUUCUGGAAACAGAAAGCCAGAGUGAAGUGGCUGAGGGAGGGCGACGCAAAUACUCGGUAUUUUCACUCCCACCUGUUGGAUAAGCGGGCACAGCUCUCGAUCACCAGGAUCUGCAAUUUAGAGGGUGAGGUUGUUGAAAGUGCAGAUGACAUUGGGACAGCGGCAGUGGCUUUCUUUCAAUCGCUGUUAGCGGAGGUUUCACCAAUAAACAACACUGCUAUUUGCAGGCUGCUAGAGGCCAUCCCACCUCUUGUUACCCCAGAUCAGAAUGCGCAACUCAUCCAGGAAAUUACGCUAGAGGAAGUGCGGCAAGCUGUCUUUGAACUCGAUGGCCAAAGUGCAGCGGGUUGUGAUGGAUUUUCGGGUAAUUUUUACAAGCGCUACUGGGAUAUAAUUGCACAGGAUGUCCUCCAAGCUACUCGGGAGUUCAUGUGCGGUGUCCCAAUCCCGAAGGGAAUAGCGAGCACUCUGAUCCUCCUAUUUCCUAAAAAGGAGGCUCCGCAUUCUUUUGCGGACUUCCGGCCCAUAAGCCUGUGCAACUUUAUCAACAAGGUAUUCACCAAAAUCCUGAGCAACCAUUUAAAAGUUGUUCUCCCAACGAUUAUCUCUCUUGAGCAAUCGGGUUUCGUCAGUGGCAGGGAUAUCGCUGAUAAUAUCUUGCUUGCCCAGGAGCUGGUGAAUUCCAUAGACAAGAAGGCCCGGGGUCACAACGUCAUUUUCAAGUUAGACAUGAUGAAAGCUUUUGAUCGAGUUUCGUGGGAUUUCCUCUCCCGAUUAUUGCUUCAAUUUGGCUUUCACUCCCACUUUGUCUCUUUAAUUAUGAACAACCUCACAUCUGCAUGGUUUUCAAUAUUGGUCAACGGUCGACCUCAUGGUUUCUUUCAAGCUAAGCAGGGAUUGAAGCAAGGCGACCCGUUAUCCCCCUUCCUCUUCAUCUUGGUGUCUGAAGCUUUAAGCCGAGGGGUUAAUAACUUGGCUCUGCAGCGGAAGUUACAGCCUUUUGCUUUGGGCCGCCACUGCCCGACGAUAUCGCAUCUGGCUUUUGCAGACGAUAUAGUCAUUUUUACUCGGGGGGACAAGCGCUCGGUGCAGUCUCUCAUGGGCUUCUUGGAGUUGUAUCAACACAGCUCCGGUCAGCGAGUGAACAAGGAUAAAAGUUUCUACAUUAUCUCUCCGAAGUGUCCUCUGGCGGCUAAAAGGCUUCUAGCUCGGAGAACCGGCUUUCAAUAUAGGGGACUUCCUUUUGUCUACUUGGGAUGCAAGCUUAUGAAAGGAAAAAGGAGGAUGGAGCAUUUUCAGCCUUUGAUUGAUAGGAUACAGGCUAAGUUGGCUGGAUGGAAAAACCGGCUCCUGUCGCCAGGGGGACGGUUAAUUCUCAUUAAGCAUGUGCUAUCUUCUAUACCCAUCUACACUCUGGCCGUCUCGGAGCUCCCGCGAGGCGUGAUUAAGAGGAUUGAAAAACUAAUGUCCACUUUCCUUUGGGGAGAGGUUGAGGGACGUGACAAGCGUCAUUGGAGGAAAUGGCAAGCAUUGUGUAAGCCUACCCAAGAAAAUGGCCUAGGCCUCCGUCGUUUACAGGAUGUCCAGGAUGCUUUUGGGUGCAAGCUAUGGUGGAAAAUGCGCACUUCAGAUACCUUGUGCACCAGAUUUAUGCGUGCGAAACAUGUCGCAGUCACGGAGCAUCUAACCACUGCUCCUGCCAGCCAGACAAGCUCAGCUGUUUGGAAGAGAAUGUUGCGAGUUAGGGACUUCGUUGAGGAACAUUCGCAAACCUUGAUUAAGAAUAGGAGUGCUUCCUUCUGGUAUGACAACUGGAUCGGCUCCGGUCUGUUGGGCAAGCAUCGCUUGCACGUCCCCUCCCCGAACCUCUGCCUUCGGGAUGUAUUGCACGAAAACAUUUGGCACUUGGACCAGGUGAGCCUUUCCAGCGAGGAGAUGUCGCGUAUUCACCAUUCACAGGUGCGGCUCAGUCCGGGAGCUGCUCCUGACUGCCUAAUCUGGUGUCCUACUUCGCAUGGGGGCUUCCAAAUAUCUUCUGCGUUGGAGAGCCUUCGUGAUCACUCUCUCCCAAUGCCUUCCCGCGUGUUGCUCUGGAAUAAACGCAUACCGCUGAAAGUUUCGGUAUUCAUGUGGAGACUGCUUAAUUGCAUUCUGUCUUUCCCUGACAUUUUGCAGCGGUUGGGCUUUAAUUUACCCUCCAAGUGCCCUUACUGCGAAAGUACCGACACACUAGCCCAUUGGUUUGUGAAAUGUUCUUUGGCAACCCAAGUGUGGGGAAAGCUGGAACAAUUGCUAGACAUCCGGGCACCUUCUCAUCAUGAUAUCAUACUGAAACUUCAAGCCUGGUGGAGCAACAUUUCAGGUAAAUCUGCCAUGGCAAAGCUGUCACACAUUGUCCCCUUAUUUAUCUGCUGGGAACUUUGGAAGGCACGUAAUCGGGCCAUUUUCGUUGCUACUACGCCGUCGGCAACUCAUGUUGUGCGCCAGAUCCUGCGUUUGAUACAUUUGGUGGCUCUUGCUCACCCUCUCUCCUUGGCAUGCAUGGACGAUGAUCGGCUUCUGAAACGGGGAGUUGUUCCUUUUCUUAAAAAGGCAAAAUCUAUGCAAGUCCUAUCUCUUGCAUGGGCUCCGCCUCCUGCAUCUUACGUCAAGUUCAAUAUUGAUGGCUCUUCAAGCGGUAAUCCUGGAAACUCUGGCGGGAGGGGCAUUAUACGCGAUCAGCAUGGCCACGUCCUUAGUGCUUUCUCCUCCUUUUACGGGUUUCGGACAAAUUUGCAAGCAGAGGCCAUGGCUCUUCUUGAGGGUUUACAUUUAUGUAUCUCCUUGGGUAUGCAGUACAUAAAGGUGGAACUGGAUUCUCUUGUUCUACUAAAUGUCAUUAAUGGGGAACGCAGAGAAACCAAUGCUGCAGCUGGUAGCCUUGCAAAACGGGCGGUUUCAUCUUGCGACUCGAAGGUUUUUGAUGCCCUCUCUCUUCCUACACUCACAACAGGCCUCUGUAAGCUAGACUCUAGGCAGUACCCCUACAUUCGCUAUGUAAGAGUGUGA